AUGGCGGGCGGGUGGCGAUCGCUGCUGCGCGCUGCCCGGCGCUACCCGUGGCCCACGAACGUGCUGCUCUACGCGGCGCUCUUCUCCGCCGGCGACGCGCUGCAGCAGCGGCUACGGGGCGGUCCGGCCGACUGGCAGCAGACGCGGCGCGUGGCCACCGUGGCCGUGACCUUCCACGCCAACUUCAACUACGUAUGGCUGCGCGUGCUGGAGCGCGCGCUGCCCGGCCGUGCUCCGCGCGCCGUGCUGGCCAAGGUGCUGUGCGAUCAGGCGAUCGGCGGGCCCGUGGCCGUCUCGGCCUUCUAUGCCGGCAUGAGUAUUCUCCAGGAAAAGGAUGACAUAUUUUUGGACCUGAAACAGAAAUUCUGGAAUACGUACAAGAGUGGUCUGAUGUACUGGCCCUUUGUGCAGCUGACCAACUUCAGCUUGGUUCCCACGCACUGGAGGACAGCUUACACUGGACUUUGUGGUUUUCUGUGGGCUACCUUCCUCUGCUUUUCACAACAGAGCGGUGAUGGCACGUUCAAGUCUGCUUUCUCCUUCCUUCAUGUGAAAGGGGCCGGUGCCGUUGAAAGGCCUCCCAAGAAAUGAGAAGCCAAGGACUCCCUGACAAUGACGGAUUUAUUUUAUUUUAUUUUUUAAUGCGGUGGAUUGCUUGCAGAUAAGAGUCUACUCAUGAGUUAUGUGCUCCAUUUUGGAGAAUUACUAUUGCAUAGACCCACUGAUUAAGUAUCAAUGAAUAGUUUAAAUUUUAUUCAAACCUUUUUUCCCCAUGCUAGUCUGAAAGUAUCACUUCUCUACUGUGUUCACGUCUCUGAUACUUUGGUGACCACUGUGCCAUCAUGGCAUUUUGCAAUUAUUACUAUUUCUAUUCUAAUAUUUUAAUGCCAGUUGAUUUAAAGAACCCAUUUUGCUUCUAAAAUCUCAGGUUGUCUCCUAAACACUUUGGAUCUGUUGAACUUUUAUACCAAAAAUAUUCCUUAUAUAAGUAAAUUGGUGUUUACAUAGAGCUCAAUCAAGGAGAAGAUUGAAUAACUUGAUUUUUUUUUUUCUGGAAAUACUUUAUAGAAUAAUUUCUUGUUCUCCUGAUGCUAAGUUCUGUAAGAACAUUUUAUGCCAUCAAAAAAAAAAAAAAUAAUAGUAUGUGAUUGGUGUGUCCUGUAUAGAAAUGUAUUUCAUGGAUGUCUUCUACUAUUGUAAUUUUGAAAAAAAUUUUUUAACGUUUGUUUAUUUUUGAGAGAGAGC